AUGACCAGCCAGUCUCAGGGGAUCCACCAGCUCCUUCAGGCAGAAAAAAGAGCCAAGGACAAGCUAGAGGAAGCCAAGAAGAGAAAGGAGAAGCGACUGAAGCAAGCUAAAGAAGAAGCUAUGGCAGAAGUUGACCAGUACAGAAUGCAGAGAGAGAAGGCGUUCAGACUGAAACAGUCUAAGAUAAUGGGCUCUCAAAGUAAUCUCUCAGAAGAAGUAGAAGAGCAAACACAAGGGAAGAUAAAAGAACUGAAUGGAAGCUACAACAAAUGCAUGGAAAGUGUGUUGAAGCAACUUUUGAACACUGUUUGUGAUGUGAAGCCAGAAAUCCAUGUAAACUACAGAGCCACCAACUAAAUGGGCACCCUACUGUUCAAUAAAAGCUAUAUG